GAUAUGUUUUGUCGUUGAUACCAGGGGAUUGGAGAUCACCAGUCGCAUCGUUGAUCGUAUAGCUUUGUUUGGACCUUCGACGUGCUGGUCUUGGCGUGGAGGCAUUGAUAUGCUGAUGCAGCAGUAAACAUAUCAACUCUGUCCCGGUUCAUACCGUAUGAAUCGGAUUCAAUAGCAUACCUCUAUAAUCCACUCCAAUUGAGAUUGAAUUUUGAUCCCCGUUCGCUUACCGCCUUCACCAAUGGGUCUCCUUGAAAGCCAUCUAGAGCAGAUCUCCCUCUCUGCAACUGCCAUCGCGGAUCUCCCUUUCCCUCCUCCCAAAAUCUUCGCAAAUGCUAUGCUCGGCCCGCAUGACAUCACAACCCUAAUCCGCGACACAGAACCCCACGAACGAGCCCUCUUCUCCAUUGACCCCUCUGCCAAUUCCCAACCCCGCGUCACCUCUGCUUCCUCAGCAAACUCCCAAAGAAGAACUACCCGUAGAGUCACCACUGCUGCGUCUGGGUCUUCAUUCCCGGAUCUAGUCCUCCCCCUUCCACACGAGGGAGGAGACUCCAUGGCCAGUCGCAUAUAUGCUGCAAAACACAACAAAAGCCAAUCCGCCGUAACCCAGGUCCUCGGUGGAGAUAUGGUAGAUGAGAUUAAGAAGCCGAGAGGUGAAGUUGAUGUCAAGGUGUUGCUAAGGGGAGCAGAGAUGUUGUGUAAUGUCUACCCUAUCCCCGGCGCCCAAGAACAAAUAUCCACCCUCCGCCACCGCCAUGAGCAUCUCUCUGCUUCCAUCGCGCAUCUGGAGUCGCGCAUCGCAGAGCAAGCCGCUCAGUUGCAGCGGAUGAACCGCUCGCAAGAUUAUUCCAGUGAUUACGACCCUGCAGAGCUGGAAACCAGCACCGAAGUUCUUAAUGCGGAAGUAUCUCCGCACGUCACUGAGGAAGACCUGCGUCGCGAGAUACUCGAGAUUCAUGAAUUAGAAGCCCGGAAACAGAAGUUGGAAGAGCGGAUGACGGGAAUGGAGAGGGAUCUGGGCGAGUUGAUGAGAUGAACAAACAGGGUAGGGAAGGAGAUGCUAUGUACAACGUGUGAGGUUUUUAUUGGCUUUUUAACUUCUACACUUUCAUAUUAUAUUAUCCUGAUCGUAGAUCUGGUGUGGGGUUAUCUCUCCACUCAUUAGCCCAGUCAUCACCUACUGAUGUGUGAUGCAUACGAGAAAGAGGAAACUCAGUUGCGCUUGCUGGUAUCCUACCGUACAGCUGCCCAUGUCCAGCCGGAAAGCGACGUAUGAGAGUGAGGUUGAUGUGUUGGUGACGGGUGGAUAGAGUGGGGAAGGGGAAUGAAACAACCGCUGCUCCGAAAG